AUGGCUCGAUCUUUCUCAAACGCUAAGCUCAUCUCUGCUAUCGUCGUUGAUAGAAUCUCCGUCGUCGUAGGCAGACGUGGAUACGCGGCGGCAUCGCAAGGUGGUGUGUCCAGUAGUGCUGUGAGAGGAGGGGCUAGAAGCAACGUGAUGUUGAAGAAAGGAGGGGAAGAGUCUACCAAGACUUCCUCGUGGGUCCCAGACCCAAUCACCGGUUACUACAGGCCGGAGAAUAAAGCUAAGGAGAUUGACGCUGUUGAGCUUCGUGCGAUGCUCUUAAAGCACAAAAUUCGACAACACUAAAACAAUCAAAGAAAAUGUCAAAGACGACGAUUUAUUCUUCGGUAUUCAACAGAUCAUAUUGUUGUAGGCUCCUUUGUCCUCUGUUAAGGGACAGCUAGCUUUAAUGCCCAUUUUCCGCGUUACUUGUGCUCGUCAUGAGUCGGGAAUAACAAUAUUCGUAGUCUAUUCCUACUUUUUCAAAUCUUGGAAAGUUCUGCUAUCAUCAAUUGCAACGAUCGAUUUGAUCAUUUAGACUGUUGUUUUUUUUCAAAUUGAUAUGGUGUUUGUUCUUUUAAAAACUAACGGAGGAAUGAAGGUGAAAAGAAAAUAGAUCGGAAUAGAGAUA